CUGGAAAGAGUCGCCAUGUCGUCUGGCUGAAGAUGAAGCGUGCAAGGCGACAUGAUGGCUUCUUCGACGACAAAUCAGUAUAUCCGCCAGAUACUGCACCAUAGCGAGGCACCACCUCCAGUGAAAGCCCGCUUUUUCUACACCUCACCGCUAGCAAUAGACGAUCCGCUGUCCCCUCUACCGCCUUCAGCCCAGACUGCCCAGACGACGUAUGCGAAACUACCUCCACGGCCCUUCUCCGAAUUCGACAACACUGCCCUUGACAAGUCAUGGCACGACCUCCGACGGAAGCUGCUCCGAUACAACGAAGAGCGAGGCGAGAAGCAAAAGCCACAGGCAGAACCCGAGCCUAUCACCAGACAAGAGAAGGGAAAGCAGGCGAGUCUGAGUGUGCUGAGUAGUUCCCCCUCUGGGCACCGGCCGCCGUCCAAGAGCGAUGCUUCGACGAGGAGCGCCAGACCAACAGUCAUCCAUGAGGCUCCAGCUAUCCCACCAGAGGCAGAAAUGCAUGAUACGACUGGCACUCCCUUCAUUCGCGCCCCUUCCUCGCGUCGAGCCGAUCGAAUUCCAUCUAGACCUCAGCCACAACUGCUAGAUAGUUACAAGUGGGACGACCCGCCAGAUGUAAACGAGGAAGCUUCGAAGCCGCACGCCGAUCCAGAAGCGCCCUCUGCAAAGAUAGCCGUUGGCGUAUCACGACUGCAUCAUGUGGCCAUGCCAGAUCUCAACUUGGAGCCCAUAUACUGGCGGCCAGUCAAUGACGUUUCUCCAGUCGUACGAGCCACUUGGUUCUACAAGGACACCAUGCUUCCGGUCGAGCCUCCUGUUGCAAACAUGCUCGAGGCAGGUUACACCGAGCUACGACCCUGGACCGAAACUUGGAGCGAUGAACUCAACAGCGCUGUUGAGGUUGGCGCUGCGGGAGAAGCAAAGAUCCUACACAAGCUUUGGCCCGAUUUUAUCACCUCUGUGAACUUUGAUGACGAGCCCGCCACGGCUGAGAAGGAGCGUGAACAUGCUGUUGAAGUCGCUUGUGAUAUCAUCGACAUUGCUGCAGGUGUUGAUGGACCUGAUAACAAAGCUUCGGGCACAUCAACUUACUCCUCAGGUGGUGGUCUCCUGAGAUGGUACCCUACGGCUGGAGUCGUUUACGCCAACGCAGCUGAUGCCUAUAUCUUGAAGCCCAAUCUCCAACCAUCCGCAUACUAUGGUCGUCGUCCAUUCGCGAACUACAUACGCAAAGGUCGUAAGCUUGGUAUUGCUGUCGUUCGUGGUUUCGACCAAGCGGCCUAUGACCGCCUUUAUCCGACCAAGAAGACGGCCACUGCUGCGAAGGCCGAAGAGGGUGUGUCAACCUCACAGUCAGGUGCAACUCCGAAUCGACGCAUGAAGUUCGAUCCUGCUCUCGCUCAUGCUGAGCGCCCGAAGGUCACCGAGCUAAUCUUGGUGAUCCACGGUAUCGGUCAGAAGUUGUCAGAACGUAUGGAGAGCUUCCACUUUACGCAUGCCAUCAAUGCCUUUAGGCGAGAGGUCAGUGUCGAGCUGGGCACGGACAGUGUGAAAGCACGGCUAAGAAAGGACAUGGGCGGCAUCAUGGUCCUGCCGGUCAAUUGGCGUCAAAGUCUGUCUUUUGAGGAUGGACAGCGAGACGUGCCGGAUGAUCCUGCUCUGAAUGAUUUUGGCCUCAAGGAUAUCACACCUGAGACUUUACCCUCCGUACGCAACAUUGUCUCGGAUGUCAUGCUCGACGUCCCUUACUAUCUGUCGCAUCACCAGCCGAAGAUGAUUGCAGCUGUCAUCGGUGAAGCGAAUCGCAUCUACAAGCUUUGGUGCGAGAACAAUCCUGGCUUCUCUCAGUACGGACGUGUACACAUCAUCGCACAUUCCCUGGGAAGUGUUAUGGCAGUCGAUAUUCUGUCAACACAGCCGACCUCUAUACCUUCCGAGUUGGCUGACCCGACGACGGUCGAUCUGACCUCAUCGCCAUCUCUCGAACAUUUCCUGUUUAAUACUUCUGGUCUCUUCCUUUGCGGCUCGCCAGCCGGCUUCUUCUUACUCCUCAAGCGAGCUUCUUUGACGCCACGACUGGGCAAGCAAAAGCCAGGCGCAAAUCCUUCGUCAAUCAGGAAGCCAGUGUGUGGUAGUCAUGGCACAUAUGGCUGCCUGCCUGUGGACAACAUAUACAACAUCAUCAAUCCGUAUGAUCCAGUGUCAUAUCGUCUUAACGCUACGGUGGAUGCCUCGUAUGCGUCGUCACUCAAGCCAGCAUGGGUGCCUACAGCCAACUCAGGGUGGUUUUCCUCAUCUGGAUUAUGGUUCUACACGUCACCCGAGGGCGUAUCAGCGACUCGCCCAGAUCAGCUACCUAGACUGCCUUCCAACGUCGAAUUGGAAACGCACAAUUUCUCUCGCGAGGAAAUUGCCGAGCAGCGUAUGCUUCUUCUAAACGACAAUGGACAAAUCGACUUCUUCCUCAAGUACGGCGGCGGACCACUUGAAAUUCAGUAUCUGACUAUGCUUGGAGCGCAUAGUAGUUACUGGCUCCUCAAAGACUUUGUCCGCAUGAUCGUGUUGGAAUGUGGAAGAGGUCUAGGCAGAGAUGGAACGAUCUUGGGCAUGAGAGCUACAAAGAAGAAGACACAAUUGACGACGUGA